UUUUCCGAUCGCCACUUCUGCGUCCCCGGCUUUUCCUCCGCGUCCCUCCCACAGUUUCUCUCCGCGUCCUCCCCCGCCCCUCCUCCCCUCCUCGCACGCUCGCGCUCUCUCCUCCUGCGUCUCGCGCUCUCGGAGUCUCUGCUCCGAGUUCCUGGUUGGAUAAUUUGGGUUAAUACUAGUGAGUGAGGUUUUUGCGGCUUCAAAGGGUAUUUCAAGUUUCCGGAGCUCCUCCCCUCUGCACCGUGUGACAACAACAACUCGUCCAGACGGCAGCCUGCACUUUUCAGCUCAUUUUCUCUCUGUCAUUCCCCUCUCAAUCUUUGAUCAAUGUACUUGCCAGGGAGAACCCAAGUCCUUCAAACCUCCUCCUUUUCACCUUCAUCCUUAACUUUGUGCUAGAGCAGAACCCACACAACAACGGCCGACCCUCCCCGCCCCCGCCCCCCUCCAAACCAGCCCUCGAUCCCAGCCCCCGGAGAGGACUCGCAUUUCGACUUGCGGGACACUUUUGUGCGUUUCUCUGCAGAGCGCCUCUCGCGCUCGCCCCUCCAGCGCUCGCUCGCUGUUACUUUCACCUCCCUUUCCCGGUCUCUCCCUUUCUCCUUCUUGUUCUCUCCUAGAGUUGUUGUUGUUGCCCUCAUCGCUCCUGCUCCCCCCUUUCCCCCCUUCCCCUCCCGGGGGUGUGUGGCAACUUUUCCCCCUGGCUUCUCCACCUUCGGUCUCCCCUUAUAUGUGACCAUGGCAGUGCCGGCGGCUUUGAUCCCUCCGACCCAGCUGGUUCCCCCUCAACCCCCGAUCUCCACGUCUGCUUCCUCCUCUGGCACCACCACCUCCACCUCGUCGGCGACUUCAUCUCCGGCUCCGUCCCUCGGACCCCCGGUGUCCUCCGGGCCAACUCUGUUCCGGCCGGAGCCCAUCGCUUCGGCGGCGGCGGCGGCCACAGUCACCUCUACCGGCGGCGGCGGCGGCAGCGGAGGCGGCGGCGGCAGCGGCGGCAACGGAGGCGGCGGCGGUGGCGGCGGCGGCGGCGGCAGCAACUGCAACCCCAGCCUGGCGGCCGCGGGCAACAACAGCGGCAGCGGCGGCGGCAUUAGCGCUGGCGCCGGCGGCGCCUCCAGCACCCCCAUCACCGCGAGCACCGGCAGCAGCAGCAGCAGUAGCAGCAGCAGCAGCAGUAGCAGCAGCAGCAGCAGCAGCAGCAGCAGCAGCAGCUGCGGCCCCCUCCCCGGGAAACCCGUGUACUCAACCCCGUCCCCAGUGGAAAACACCCCCCAGAAUAAUGAGUGCAAAAUGGUGGAUCUGAGGGGGGCCAAAGUGGCUUCCUUCACAGUGGAGGGCUGUGAGCUGAUCUGCCUGCCCCAGGCUUUCGACCUGUUCCUGAAGCACUUGGUGGGGGGCUUGCACACGGUCUACACCAAGCUGAAGCGGCUGGAGAUCACGCCGGUGGUGUGCAAUGUGGAACAGGUUCGCAUCCUGAGGGGACUGGGCGCCAUCCAGCCCGGAGUGAACCGCUGCAAACUCAUCUCCAGGAAAGACUUUGAGACCCUCUACAAUGACUGCACCAACGCAAGUUCUAGACCUGGAAGGCCUCCUAAGAGAACUCAAAGUGUCACCUCCCCUGAGAGCUCUCACAUCAUGCCACAUUCUGUCCCUGGCCUCAUGUCUCCUGGGAUAAUUCCCCCAACAGGUCUGACAGCCGCAGCCGCAGCAGCUGCCGCUGCCACCAAUGCAGCUAUUGCUGAAGCAAUGAAGGUGAAAAAAAUCAAAUUAGAAGCUAUGAGCAACUAUCAUGCCAGUAAUAACCAACAUGGAGCAGACUCUGAAAAUGGGGACAUGAAUUCAAGUGUCGGCUACCAAAAGCUGGAAAGAAAUAAUCUCUAUGGACUGGAACUUCCUUUUAUGAUGAUGCCCCACCCUCUAAUUCCUGUCAGCCUACCUCCAGCAUCUGUCACCAUGGCAAUGAGCCAGAUGAACCACCUCAGCACCAUUGCAAAUAUGGCGGCAGCAGCACAAGUUCAGAGUCCCCCAUCCAGAGUGGAAACAUCUGUGAUUAAGGAGCGUGUUCCCGACAGCCCCUCGCCUGCCCCCUCUUUGGAGGAGGGCCGGAGGCCUGGCAGUCACCCGUCAUCCCAUCGCAGCAGCAGCGUGUCCAGCUCCCCAGCACGGACUGAGAGCUCGUCUGACAGAAUCCCUGUCCAUCAGAAUGGGUUGUCCAUGAACCAGAUGCUAAUGGGCUUGUCACCAAAUGUACUCCCUGGGCCCAAAGAGGGAGAUUUGGCUGGUCAUGACAUGGGACAUGAGUCGAAAAGGAUGCAUAUUGAAAAAGAUGAGACCCCGCUUUCUACACCAACUGCAAGAGACAGCCUUGACAAACUUUCUCUAACUGGGCAUGGACAACCACUACCUCCAGGUUUUCCAUCUCCAUUUCUGUUUCCUGAUGGAUUGUCUUCCAUAGAGACCCUUCUGACUAACAUACAGGGACUCUUGAAAGUUGCCAUAGAUAAUGCCAGAGCUCAAGAAAAACAGGUCCAACUGGAAAAAACAGAGCUAAAGAUGGAUUUUUUAAGGGAAAGAGAACUAAGGGAAACACUUGAGAAGCAGUUGGCUAUGGAGCAAAAGAAUAGAGCCAUAGUUCAAAAGAGGCUAAAGAAGGAGAAGAAGGCAAAGAGAAAAUUGCAGGAAGCGCUUGAAUUUGAGACGAAACGGCGUGAGCAAGCAGAACAGACUCUAAAACAGGCAGCUUCAACAGAUAGUCUCAGGGUCUUGAAUGACUCUCUGACCCCAGAGAUAGAAGCUGACCGCAGUGGCGGCAGAACAGAUGCUGAAAGGACAAUACAAGAUGGAAGACUGUAUUUGAAAACUACUGUCAUGUACUGAAUCUUUCCUGUUGAAGAAAUCCAUGUUAAAGAGUGUCGCAGUCACAUGUUUGUCGUGGGAAAGUUCGGGAAAAAAAUAAAGUCCUUUUGAUGGGAACUUCCUCAAUUUUGUGUAUUAUUGUUCUUUGAAAGUUAAGUAUUCUACAAAAAAAAAAAAAUUCUCCAUUGAUUUUCACCCGUGGUUCAUACCAGAGACCUGAGAAUGUUUGUAAAUGUACAAGUAUCAAACUUCUUACAGAUAACUGCAACUUGCUGCUGGACACUUGUCUACAGAGUCAAAGGCAGGUCUACAUGAGACCUGGCUUCUUUUUUAAUGGAAUGAACCAUUUUCCUCUUCUGAAAAUUCUGUAUCUGAGCACAUCAAGAGACUCUUAUAGCAGUGGUUACCCAGACUUACAGAAUUACGUCCUCCUGAAACCAGCAAGAACAUUUGGAAAUGAAAAUGUAGGGGGCAUAGAGGAUUUUGAAAAAAUAAAUAAAUAAAUAAAGAGUAAUAUUCUGUUACAUUCGAUUUUAAACUCUCUAAUUGUGAGGUUUCUCCAAUGAUUUUUUUCACAUACUUUCCAAAAGACCAACAAAUGGAUGUUGACAACCACACAAUGAAAUAACAUUCUGCAUAUCUGAAAAGAAGCAUUGACUAUAAGCCAAAAGGUUUCACUGAAGGUCUUUUUUUUCCUUGAGAAUAAAAAAAUAUAUAUAUAUAUAAAUGUAACAUGUUUUCAUUCCAAACUGGUAGUGGUAUAUAGAAUUAAAGAUAAUAAUGUUGCUUCUUAUUCAAGCUGUUGGUCAUAUGUACAGUAUAUAAACAUAAAACACACAAGGAAGGUAUUAUGUAUGCAGUAGUAUACUAGAGUUUAGGAAAAUGAAAAUUUUAGAAAAUAUGUUUUGUCACCCUGUUGGUCAGAAAGACGUCUUUCUGGUUUUAACGCAUGCAGGCAUGUAAAUAUUUGUCUGGAGUCACAGUAUUAAUGAAUGAGAUCCCAAGCAUCUGGUGACAUCGGAAUCUGUGUCAGCCACUUUUAUUUGUAUAUUGAACCCUAGUUAGUGCCCCAAACAACACCAUUGAUAAUGGAUUGUGGCUAAACAGUAAAUCAAAACACCAGAAAUAUUUUUAUAUGUUAAUGUCAUAUUAUGUUAACGUUGCUGAAAAUGAAACCUAACAAACCCUUGAUGUACCAGUCCAAUAUCAUGUAGCACUGAGUGAAAAAUAAAGUUAAAAUGUGUUGUUCUUCCCACCCUGGUCAGGGGGAAGGGUGGCUAUGUGUUAUUUUCACUGUCUUUUUGAAAGUUACAGUAUGUGUUUUCACUUUUGUGCAGAUAACUGGAAGUAAAGCCGAAACAGUGCUUCUUACACACUAAAGUUACCUUCUCUUUGUUUUUACAUGUCUGGAGUUAACACCUUUUAAGAGUGACAUGAAUGAGUACAGUGACUGUACCUUUCGUGAUUUUUUUUCUGUCAUCUUAAAAGUUUAUAAUCAUAACAUUAUUUAUUACCAUAAAACAGCAAAAUCUUAAAUGUCUAAGAAAACUAGCUUAAAAUGCUUAAAGAUAGUUUCAAUUGGGUAUUAAUUAUUUGGUUAAGAAAAAUAUAACAUAGAUACUCAUAGCACUUAGCUUCUAUACCUUGUAGGUCUUCCUUUCAAUACUGGAACAUAAUUAUUUUGUGUAGCUCACUAUUAACUGGCUAAGUCCAUUUUUAAUUAAAAGGUUAAAUGUACAAUUCCUAUUUUAGCUUGCUUUAAAAGGGAGCAAUAUUUUUAUUUAAAGUAUUGUUAGUAAACGCUUUGUAGAAACUUGGUUUCCUCAGUAUAGUUUUUACAUAGCCAUCUUUUGUUGUUUGAGCACAGGAGAUUCUAUUCCCUAGUUAUGUGCAUUUUUCCCUCUAGAUGCAGUCUUUAAAGGAUUUCAACACUUAAAAUUGGAUGGACUUGUGGCAAGCAUUUGAAUCAUACAUUUUUUGAAAGAUUUUUUAAAAAGCCUACAACUUACAUGUGUAGUAGAAUCAGCCAUUGCUCUGCUCCUGGCAUAGAGUCACCUGUUAAGUGGGUUAAAUAGUUUUAAAAAAUACACACUUUCAAGAACUUUGAGAAUGCUUUAGUGUUUGGUUUGACAUAAAAGGAAAUUUUAGCAAGUAUUAAAGAGAAAAGCUAUCAGCUGUAUGUUAAGAGAGACUCUUACUAACACGUUGUAAAUAUUACAGUUCAUGAAAUGUUAUUGUUAAGUCUAUAACUUAAUUUUUCUCCCUUUUUAGUUAUACAGGUUGGUGUGGAAAUUUGUAUUUUGGCCUAAGCAAGUAAAAUUGUGCCCAUUUUAUGGUUUCCAUGCUUUUAUAAUCCUAAAAAUUAUUAAUGUCUCUAGUUGUUCUAUAUGAUAACCACAUUUGUGCUCUAUGCAAGCCCUUGGAACAGAACAUACUCAUCUUCAUGUAGGACCUAUGAAAAUUGUCUAUUUUUAUCUAUAUAUUUAAAGUUUUCUAAAAAUGAUAAAAGGUUAUUACGAAUUUUGUUGUACAAAAUCUGUACAAAAAUCUGUUUUUACAUCAUAAUGCAAGAAUUGGAAAUUUUUCUAUGGUAGCCUAGUUAUUUGAGCCUGGUUUCAAUGUGAGAACCACGUUUACUGUUAUUGUAUUUAAUUUUCCUUUUCUUUUCAACAAUCUCCUAAUAAAACUGUCUGAAAUCUC